ACACCACAGCUUUCUUUACUCUUGGCGACCCGACUGGAAGAGUAUGCUACUCAGACCGACUUGCCACAGAUUGCACUCGAAGACCGCACGUGCCCGCCUGCGUAGUUUGGUAGAGCUCGGACUGGGCAAGCGCAGCUUUGAACAAGGAUGCUGCGCAGUCUGGACUCGAAUGGGCACGCCAACCAACUUCGUCUUUCCGGUAAAGAACCUCCAAGACGAUCAUAUCAGGCUCGUUCCGUUUGAUGCCCGGGCACACGCAUAUCCUUUCUAUGAGGGUAUAUCUCGCACCCGCGGCGCAGCCUUUGCGCACUUUUCCAGUGGCCCAUACGCAUCGGCGGACGACUUCAACGAACGUUUUGUCAAGCAAAGAAGCUACGCCGACAAGCGUAUGUGCACGUAUGCGAUUCUCACGUCCCCUGAAGACGAAGGCGGUGUAGGAGACCUGGUCGGCAUGGUGUCCCUGACAAAUGCCGAUGCUGAAGACAGGCGUGCGGACAUAGGACUACUGCAUGUUGUCCCAAAAGCUCAGGGUUUGGGCAUCGGGACGACAGCGUGCCGCAUGCUACUUCGUCAUGGCAUGGAUUCUCAUGAGCACGGAGGGCUCGGUCUGGCUCGCAUGGAGUGGCGGGCCAGCACGGCUAACGAGGCGUCAAUUGGGCUCGCUCGACGUUUGGGAUUUAGGGAGGUCGGUGUGAUUAGGUACGAGAGGCUGCUCAGAGAUGGAGUUGCCAGGGGCAAGAUUGGGAACGGCAGGCCACCGCCGCCCGGUACCACGGAUGGAGACUUGUGGCGGGAUGUUGUAGUGUAUGAGAUGACUUGGGACGAGUGGCAGCAGGCACAUAGACAUUGAUCGGAGUAAGCACCAGGCGUAAAAGAGUGCGGUCGUUACGCUUCUUGAAGGCUCGGUUCGGC